AUGCCUGUUGGGGAAGUGAACGUGGAAAAAAUCGGACAAAUGUACGGAAUUGCGCAACAACUGAUGUCAUUGACGAGUGAAUUCAUGCAAAAUGGUCGAGCUUACGGUAGUCAAACAUAUUCAUCGUCGAGAAAUGGAGAACACGGGAACAGCAUUCUCAAUGAAGUCGUAUCGGCAAGAAGAACAUUGGCUCCAUCCGACGAAAAAUUGACUCUCUACAAUGAAUACGGCGGUUUGGGCAGCUCUUCCCCAUCGGGUAGACCAAAAAGCGGAAUUCAAUCAAUUCUCAAUACUUUUCUCGGUAGCUCAAUGAAUGACUUCGGGAGAGGAUCGUUUUUGGAUUUCUUUGGCCUUGGAGCUCCUACAGAGCCACCAACUACAACAACAGCCGCUCCACCGCCCGCCUCUCCAAUGAGAAAUAUGAUGGAAAUGUUUGGAUUUGUCCGACCCACCCCUCCACCGACAACCACCCAGCGGCCAGCAAGCAUCAUGGAUUUUUUCGCCUCACCAGAAGCUUAUGCGAACGUUUUGCAAAAUUUCCAACAACAGCCACAACUCUAUCAACCACAACAAGUGCAAACACCAAUGAAUCAGUUCUACUCACCACCCCGAUCGGUUCAGCCAAGCUAUCAGCAAAAUGUACAAAAGUACGAGAGAUCUCCCGCUUAUGGAUAUGAUCAAUACGGAAGAGCUCCCCAAUUGGUUUCCCCUCAAAUAAGAGCUCCCACUCAGCCAUCGAAUCAACAAAUGUCUUUAAACGAUUUUCAAUCAUCUGCAAUCAAUUAUCUACAAGAUCCACGCUCGAAACGCCAACAACGCUAUAUUCUUGACACUUUUCUUGGCGGGUCAACUGAGCAAGCAAAACCCCAACAACGAGCGGCGCCUAUUGUUAAUAUGCUGGAAAUGUUUGGUCUAAUGGAGAAAACGACCACAACGCAAAGACCUCGACUGUUCGAUAGCAGGAGUGGCUUUGGAAUGGGCACAAAAGGUGCAAGCGAUAUCGACAAUAUUCUGAAUGCUUUGAUGAGGGGCGGAGUGAAAGUGGCUGAACCCGAGGCACCCAGCCCUGCUGGGAUCCUUUCGCAAUUUUUUGGA